CCUGCCCGUCAGUCGAGAGCAUUCUUCUUUUCCUCCUUCUCAUCGUCCUCCUCCUCAUCCUCCUGCUCCUGGUCCUAUACCAUCAUCACCUUCAUCUCUUUCUCCGCAAAAUGUCUGACUACCAGCAACCCACCGCCAAUGGCCCCAAGACAGAUGCUUCUGCUUCCGCCUCUGGCCGUCAGUACGACCCAAACUUCACCAAGCACGUCAUCGAUACUUGCGGCCCCAAGACGAGCCCUCGCAUGAAGCUCAUCUUCUCUGCUCUCACUCGGCACAUCCACGACUUUGCGAGAGAGGUUGACCUCACACCCGAAGAAUGGCUCGCAGGUGUCAAGUUCCUGAACGAAACCGGCAAGGUGUGGGCAGAGAGUGGUGGCAAGAGAAAUGAGAUGCACAGAUUGUCAGAUAUCAUUGGCCUGGAGUCUCUCGUGACAGAGAUUGCCAACUACGUUCAGAUCGAUGACCCCAACUACGUCCCAACCUCAGCCGCCAUUCUCGGUCCCUUCUGGUCACCCAACGCUCCAUGGCGAGAACUAGGUGGCUCCAUCAUUCAAGAUGAGCCAAAGGAUGGUGUGGUCACGUACAUGCACGGUAUCAUUCGUGAUAUGAAGACCAAGAAGCCCAUGCCAGGUGUCACAUUCGAUAUGUGGCAAGCAAGCAGCAACGGCAAAUACGAUUUCCAGGAUCCAGACAACCAGAGUGACAACAACCUUCGAGGAAAGUUCAAGACGGAUGAGAAUGGCGAGUACAGACUAUACUGUCUCCGACCGACUGCGUACUCUCUUCCUCAAGACGGACCUGCGUGGGAUCUGCUCACAGCCAUUGAUCGCCAUCCAAUGCGUCCUGCCCAUAUUCACUUGAUGAUUACAAAGGAAGGAUACAAGCCCUGCAUCACUCAAAUAUACCCCAAAGACGACCCAUGGCUCGAGACCGACACUGUAUUUGCGGUUAAAGAUGAUCUCGUGGUUGACUUCGUACCUCUGAAGGAGUUGCCUGCGAACAUGCCUCCAAAUGCUGGCAAGGGUGGUCCAGCUACGAGGGAGCUUGAGCUGGACAUUGUACUUGCGCCUCUUGGGUCUAUGCUCAAUAACGCGGAACCUGUCGUAAAGUUAUAGAUGGCACGAAUAUGAAUAUGAACGACAUCAACACAGCGCUUCAUUUUGUCGAGUUUAGCGAAUAUAUUGGAUAAAAUCGGGUAGAACUAUUGAUCAAAUGCACCACCUCAAACACAG